AGAAUAUCUUGCAAAAUGCUGAUCAUUCUCUCCUUUUCCUAUCUCUUGGCAGAUUUUAGCUGUGCAUUCCCCAACUCUCACUCAGAGAAAGAAGAAAUGAAAAGUUUGCAGCUUCUCCUAUUUUUGCUGCUUUCUUGUAUCAUCACCUCAGCAAACACAUAUGGAAGAAAGAAAAAAGAGGCACUGGGAUCACAGAGUCAGCACACAAGAGCAACGAAAGAUCAGCAAAACUUAGAAACCAAAUUUCGACUCUAUAGAGAUACAACUGAAGAAAGCUGUGAGAUUUUUUUUAAUCAGUUGGAGACUCUUGACAAAUGCAGUUUCAAUGCCUCUCUUCCUCUGGUGAUGAUAGUCCAUGGCUGGUCGGUGGAUGGAAUAUUAGAAGGUUGGAUUUGGAAAAUGGCAGCAGCUCUGAAGUCUCAGCAUAAAGAAAUUAAUGUGAUCAUUGCAGACUGGCUUACACUUGCUCACCAGCACUAUCCCAUUGCUGUACAGAAUACACGCUACGUAGGACAGGAGAUAGCAAACUUCCUGGAAUGGCUGGAGGAGUCCAUUCAAUUUUCCAGAAGAAAUGCUCAUCUAAUUGGGUACAGCCUAGGAGCUCAUGUUUCAGGAUUUGCUGGAAGUUAUAUCAGUGGUACCAAAAAGAUUGGAAGAAUUACAGGCCUUGACCCUGCUGGUCCCUUGUUUGAAGGAAUGUCACCAACAGACCGUUUAUCUCCAGAUGAUGCAAACUUUGUAGAUGCAAUUCAUACAUUCACUAAGCAGCACAUGGGUCUCAGUGUUGGCAUCAAGCAGCCUGUGGCUCAUUUUGACUUCUAUCCCAAUGGAGGCACCUUUCAGCCUGGCUGCCACGUCAUACACGUGUAUAACCACAUUGCACAGUACGGAAUCAGUGGCAUCACUCAAACUGUAAAAUGUGCCCAUGAGAGGUCAGUUCAUUUGUUCAUCGACUCUCUGCUUCACAAGGAUAAGCAAAGCACAGCAUACUGGUGCAACGACAUCAACACGUUCAACAAAGGACUGUGCCUCAGCUGUCGAAAGAACCGGUGCAACACUCUGGGAUACAACAUCAGGGAGGAAAGGCUCCCAAAAAGUAGACGACUCUUCUUGAAAACAAGAGCACAGAUGCCUUUCAAAGUUUACCAUUACCAGUUCAAGAUCCACUUCAUCAAUGAAAUUGAAGGCAAGGAGAUAGACCCAACUUUCACCAUCUCUCUGACUGGCACUAAGAAAGAUGCUAAAAACCUGCCCAUCACACUAUUUGAAGGUAUUAAUGGAAAUAAAACUCACUCUUUUCUCAUCACCUUGGACACUGAUAUUGGUGAGCUAAUAAUGAUCAAGUUCAAAUGGGAAGGAACUGCAGUUUGGGAAAAUAUUUGGGACACAGUUCAAACCAUAAUACCAUGGACAAAAGGCACCCGUCGACCAGGACUUAUAGUGAAGACAAUAAGAGUGAAAGCAGGGGAAACACAGCAGAAACUGACAUUUUGCUCUCAAAGCAUUGACAACCUUCAUCUUCAUCCAGCCCAAGAGAAAACAUUUGUGAGGUGUGAAGACCAAUUUCAGAAACAAAACAGAAAAUGAGCAAGUACACAAAGAACAUCUACUCACCAAAAUAUAUUAAAAAUUCUAUACAUCAAGUAAAAUGUUUUUAAAAUACACAGCUACAUUAAUAUCCUGAUUUCAUAGGACAGUUUCAUAGGUGGUGGUGAAGCUACAUUAAAAGAAUUUAGAUUUUGUGAUCCAACAAGAAGCUGAAGUAUCUGCUUUGUUCAUCUACGAGCCUACUCUCAAAGUUAUCCAUGAGCAAUUUCAAUGGCAACUCUCCAUUUUAAAUUGCUUAAAGUUUAAAAAAAAAGUGCUCACUAGAAAUAAAAAUACUACUAUUUGAAAGAAUCAUUACCUUUGAAAAAUUUCAUUUUGUUGUAUUUGAAGUAAGAAAGGGCUUAAUUUACUAUUAAAGACUGAAACACUAGUACUAAUAUAAUUAAACCUUUCUCCUAUAUUAUUUCCUAAUGAAGAGGGAGUUAAUUAAUAGAAGAAAGUAUUCCCAAAUAGAUAACGUUGUUCACAAAGAGUUUGAACUGUUUACUUUAUAGCUUUCAAAACCUAAAACCAUCUCAACAUACAGAAUGCUUGAGCUGUUAUAACCAAAGCACAAGCCAAAUAACUAUGUCACCUAAAAAUAUUAUACUAAACUUUGUCCUAGUGGAAAAUGCUUUGCUGUUUAACUAUUAAAGUACUGAUUUACAUUACUAGUAAUUUAACUAUUUUAAUGAUGUUUAUAUACUACAUGCCAUUCUAGCACAACUAAGUUGAGUUAACCUUUGCAUGAAAAUCAUAUCUACCUGUUCAUGUAAGGCCUGAGAUUUUUAGAUUUUUAAAUCACCAUAUGGCAGAUUUUAGCAUGAUUAGAAACUGCAUGAAUAAAUGAAAAUGGUAAAAUUCUCAAGCACUAUCAUUGUGUAUAAACAAACUUAAUAAAUUCAAACAUACACAAUUCCCUUGGUUCCUAUGUCAGAAUAUAAGCUACAUGAAGAAACACUGUCUCAGAUUAUUUUUAUUUUACAGCUAGUGCAUACCGAAAUGGAAAUCAGUAUCUAAGUCAGAGCAUUUCAUUUGUCACUUCAUAAUGCUAGGCACAGGAUUUAUUAAAAAAUUUGUUUCUACAACUCUGUAUUCUGAAUGUAAUUUGUUUUAAAUGUUCUCUAAAUAGAAAAAAAUAUGUGCAAGAUUGUACUAAGGCCUGAAGCAAAACAGAUUUUCCAUACCAAUAUUUUACAGGUUAUUAUGCAUUAAAACAUACAAAUGUUACCCGGAUUAAACUGAAAUUCAUUUAAAAAGCAUAAAAAAGGACCAAGGGGAGCACAACUAGCAAUUCUGAAAGCAACAGUGAUCAAAUGCUGGAUGCAGCCAGCUUUGCCAACCACUCAGAAUAUUAACUUCUAACUUUUAAAAGCUGUUUUCACUAUUAUUCCUUUAAAGAAAACAUAAAGGCUGACUAAAUAUAAUGCAAACUGAAACAUACUUACUUUUCAAGUGAUAAUGAUUGUCCUUCCAAGAUGAAAAUUUAAGAAGCUGAUCUGAAAUUUAAAAUGGCCACUUGGAGUAGCAUUUUCAUUAGGAGAAAUAUUUGUAGAUUUAGAUAAAAACUGCAUGUAAAAUAAUCUUUCAGUCUUCACUGAAAACCAGAGUUUGCGCUUUAGAAGAUUUUGUUCAGUGAAGCAAAUAGUUGUUUUCAAACAUACAAAGUAUUUCCACCUUCUAUGUAAAAAAUUUUAGUAAUUCCAUGCUUUAGGUUGCUAUACGUAACAGAAAAAUUAAAAGAACAUUCAGCAUUUGAACUCUUGCAGAUACAGAGAUAGUUAUUCUGAUGUAAUUCUUCACAAACCCCAUGUCCAAAUACACUGUUUGAAUAGCAAUUACACUGAUUUCUGAUACAAAAAUGAAAAUAAAGCCCAAGUUGCAGCAUAUUCCAAGUCUAACAAUGCCUGAACAUAACACUGAAGUCAUACCUGCAAUGCCAAGUGCCUACAGUGGUGCCUCACUUGGUGCUCACUGGGAUUAUUCCUGUCUCCCUCCAAACAACUCAACUGAGACCUUGAAAGUCAUGAGGAACCUGCUGCUGUCAGAGCAAGCACAGCUCAGAAGGAUGUACUGACUGCAGUCCUUUCAAUCACCUCUCUGUAAUCAUGAACCUCCAAUACUCAGAAGUAAAAAUAUCUUCCUUCCUUUUGUGUGUUUUUCCUGAAAUAAAUAUUGGAACAUUUA